CGGGAGACGCUGUAAAAACGCUCGCGCCUCAUCCUCAGACGCCUUGUAGACGAGAAGACAACCGCGCGCACGACUCACGUGCGGAGGUAAAAUGCAGCUGAAUAACCGGACGAUGCUCACGAGUCUGGAGCUGGCUGUUAUCUAACAUUAGUUUACACAGAAGAAGAAGAGGGAGAAGAAGAAAAAGAAGGAGAAGAAGAAGAAGAGGAGCCAUGAAGAAACACCUGAGUCCAACCAAACAGCAGCAGCAGCAGCAGCAGCAACCACCGGCGGAUGUCCCGGUGGCUCCCGGCGGCGAGGUGACCGUCCAACAACUCAACGAGCUGCUGUCUAACGGCAGCGGCUUCUACAGCUUACCGACACAGCACUUCAACGAGGUCUUCCCCCGGAUAUACAUCGGUAACGCGUUCGUAGCCCAGAAUGCAAUGCGUCUGCAGAAACUCGGGGUGACGCACGUCCUCAACGUGGCAGAGGGCACCUCCUUCAUGCAUGUGAACACCAGUGUGGAUUUCUAUGCCGGCACAGGCAUCACAUACCACGGCAUCCAGGCCAACGACACGGAGCAGUUCAACCUCAGUGCCUUCUUUGAGGAGGGGGCUGAUUUUAUCGACAAGGCCCUCGCACACAAUAAUGGCAAAGGGAAGGUGUACGUCCACUGCAGAGAAGGCUACAGCCGCUCCCCCACCAUGGUUGUUGCUUACCUCAUGCUGCGCCACAAAAUGGAUGCCCGGCUGGCGGUGGCCACCGUGAGGCAUAAGAGAGAAAUCGGCCCUAACGACGGCUUCCUUCGCCAACUGUGCCAACUUAACGAGAAGCUGGCAAAGGAGGGCAAGCUGAACGGGGAGGUGGGCAAACUAAAGACCAAAUGAAAGCAGGACAGACUCUCUGCCCUGUCUCCCUCCCAUCAUGCCUUUCACAGGCUUCAGCUGCUCUCGGAGACUGACCCCACCCUGACCAAACCAGCACCCAUUCUGAAACACAAACAUACAUGCAUUUGUCUGUGUAGAUAAUUAUUCCACACGCACACACACGUUUUCUUUCUACUCUUCAGUUCACUGCUGCUCUGUGCGAGGACGUCUGUCAGUCCUCCGCCUGCUCCCACAAAGAGUGUGAUCUCAAAUAUUUCCACACUGCUGCGGGUCCCUGAACGCAGCACCUUAAAGCAUUCCUUCACUUCCCACAAGUUGAGAAAACUUCGCCCUGAUUUUUAAAGAUAUUCCUUGAAUCAAAGAUUAUAGCACAAUCAUUCCAUAGUUUUCCACUGCCGGUAAUGUCAGUGAUGUCUCCGCCAGCAGGAGUACUCUAUAAAUUCCAAAUGAACUCUUAGAUUGUAAAACACACGAUGCAGACGACGCAAGUCAGAAAGCGAUAUGUGAAUGGAUGGAGGAAAAUCCCAAACAUUCCAUGAAAACUGAAAAAGAGUUUUAUUUUUGCCCUCUUGAUCCUUAAAAAUCCUCAAUUCUCUUCCACCUUUAGGGGCAGAUAUUUAAAUGCACAAACACCAAUGAUUCACACUCUGAUGCAAGCUGUAGCUCUGUGUAGCAUUUCCAGUCCUCGACUCUGCGGCCUCUAGUUUGACAGCGGUAUAUUCAAUGGUUGUUGUAUCACUGGCAGUGACGGCAGCAAAGGUCGAGCUAAUUAAAAAUAAUGAGCUGCUGCUGCGGCGUGUGAUGUCCAUGUAAGAGGACAUAUUUAGCUGCUGAUGUGACGAAUGUUCAUUAGAGCUAAAUGUGACAUUUUAGUUUGUCAUUGAGCUCAAUUAGCCUGCACACGAGACAAAUCACAUUUAGGUAAAUAGGAACAGUAUCUAAGGAAACACUGGGCUGAAUAUCCUCCUCAAAAGAACCUUCAAAUGAGCUAAUUUACAGGGUUUAAUUUCUAAAGUGGAUUAUUUACAAUAUCAGCUUCCUCUUGAAUCAGAAAUAAUAAGGGUGACAUUCAUUCGAAGAUGCAGAAAUUUACACUUGAUAAAGACAUUUAGUUGAAACACAAUCUGCUGGUUCAGUUUGUGUGUCAGAGGCAAAUGUUACACCGGUCAGACACACUUUUUAUAAACACUGCAACAUAUCUCAGAGCUCAGUUGAUCAUUUUAAGCCCUGUAUAAUUCCCAUAAGGGCUGAUCUGACGUAUGGCGAGUCUACACAGGAGGCGCUUUUUAAUCAUCUGACAGAACAGAUAUUUCCGCAGCAGUUUCAGCUUUGCUUGCAGUAUACACAAGUGUAUUUUCAUAUGGAUAGCUUUACAUGUGUAAUAACAGUGAUUGUGUUUUGAGCUGCCAGAACAUGGAUGACCUACACUCAAUGCUGUACCUGAAUGCAUCCUGUGUAGACACUGACAGUUGUUGCACUUCUGCCUCUGACUUAGACAUUGUCCACACUAAACCGACUGAUUUUGAAAAUGCUGUUUACAGGGGAAGAUGGCGUCCACAAGGCUCAACAAUAAUGACUGCCUGAUUGCUUCAGGCAAGUAAAAUGUCAUGUUGGGUUGUAGUAUAUCUAGCAACUGACUUCCCCGAUCAGGCAACUGGUAAAAUAUGAACACAGUUUUUUCCAGAGCUGAUGAUGAAAGUAGCAAAGGAGUGAACCAUCUUGCUUUGUUGUCACCUCUGUUCAGGCACUGGAGAGAAAAUGGCGGUGGGUAAAAGUAUGUGCAACCAUUUCAGUUAAUCUGUAUACGGUAGUUAGGUUGGGUGGAGUUAGAAAAUGUGGGUGAAACUCUAACUAUGUAUUUCGCAGGUUUUCCUCAAGUUUGAGAGCAAGGCGGAUAAAAAUGGGUCCAUUUUCAUCAACACUAGCUUUUCUGUUAUUUAAAAACAGCUAAUAAAUAAAACUAUUUGAUUAGGAACAAGUAAAAAUUGACCUUGGGCAAGUAGAUUUGUGACCCCCUUACCCAACCAGGCAUGUGAAAAACAUUCAACCACGCAAACACACAUUUAGUUGUUUUGAGAAGAUCUCCACUCACAGUAAAGGCCUUUGCACACUGAGUCAGUUUUUUCAGAUGUGUUUUUUAAAUCCGUCAUCUGAAAAAAAUCGUAUCGCACAGAAACUUUUCAAACUGAUUCUAAUGUGUUGUGUUUUAUUCGUUGUGAUCUGACCUGUUGAAAGUGAACUGUCUGAGUUAUAAAAUGAUUCUGUGCGCCCUAUUCCUCUGUCUUGUCGCAGCUGUGUCCCGCCGCCACAUUUUCUUCACUGAUUCUUGGUCAAACGUCUCUAAAGGCGCUGACGGAUGUGGAAAAACACAGAAAAUUGAACAUGUUCAAAUGGAUGAAAGUUACGGACUCAGUGUGCAAAAUCCCUUAACACACUGCUAAAUUUCUUCUUCCUCCUCUGCAGUAAAAUCGACAGUGAAAUAUUUAUUAGUUGCAGCUCUGCCAUGUAAUCGGCUACAUGGACUUUUAAAAUUAGUGAUCUCAGAGCAGGUGAAAGGCGACAGGAAGUCCUUUUCUCAGCUUUACUGUAGCACAGCCUCCAAUUCUGUGGGCAAGCUUAAGUCAUUUUUCCCAAAAGCUGAUUUUUUGAGUGAGAAAAAUUCUAGAUUUGUGAAGACAGAGGGUUAAACUGUCAAGAAAAUGCAUUUUCUAACUUAGCCGGUUUGGUGUGGAAACACCCUGAGGUUCUUCAGUAUAAUAUGUCAGUUAUAAUAGUGGUUAACAAUUCUAAUUUUCAUAACACACACAAUACCGAAACUUGGCAGCAGCUGAGGGGUGUUAAAAGCUGAUUUUACCAGUUUACCGCCUUCAAACUAGAGGCCUUUAGUUUCAGCUGUCAGAUGCAUCCCCAGAGAAAAGAUGCCACCCGCUCUUUCAACAGAACGUUCCAGUCAUCACGCCAGAGAGUUGUCCACUGCCAAUUCCCUGACACAGCCAUUCGGUCAGCAUCCAACACCACUGUUUCAUCAACAGUCUGUCAGAGGUCCAUGCACAACAUGUCUCACUCCUACGUGUGUGUGUCAUACAGUAAUUUAUUAUGCCUGACUUCAUGCACACACAGGGUCAAACCACAACUUUUGUUUGUAAAGCAUUGCAAUAUAUGUCAAUACCCCCAUCAGAUAUAUAGAAUGUAAUCACAUCUAAAUAUUCAGGCUGUAGUUGUUACAUAUAGGCAGCAGUAGUUCAGCAGUACAUUUUGAAAGUAUUUAUUAUUGAGUGUAUUACUGUAAAGUAGACCUAGAGCCAGGAAGGAUGGUGACGGAGUGUUUUAAAACCUGCAACAGGUCACUCCUCGAGAGUUUCUGAGACAAAUUCCCAUCAAAGAGGAGGCGGUUUGAGGGAAAGUCGGAGCUGAUGAGCUGGAUCAACACCAGCAUCACUCAGUAACGAGUGUCUGGAGUUCAGCCACUAUGUCCCACCUGUGUGACGGCAGUGUCGGCAGCCGUAAUCAGGAUGGUUUAUUGGCUUGAUUCUAUGGCGUCAUUCAUCCCAAGUCUCAGCCAAGUCAAGCAACAGGAUGCAACCCAACGCAUUUCCUUAAGUGUGUGGGCCGAUGUAUUUUUGAUAACGGCCCAGUGAUGAUAGUGUUGGUAGCCGGAAUCUGGACAGUUUAUUUAGCCUGAUUCUGGGGAGUUAUUCAUGCCAAGUCUCAGCCAAGUCAGGCAACUGCACGCAGCCUGACUCGUUUCUUCCGGCGUGUGUGUGUGCCAGGUCAUUUUUCAUAACGGCACUAUCAGCAGCCAGAAUCUGGCAAGUUUAUUUGGCCCAAUUUUGGGGUGACAUUCAUUCCAAGUCUCAGCCUAGUCUGGCAACAGGAUGCAGCCUGACUUACUUCUUCCGGCAUGCCAAGUUUGGGCCAGUGCUGGGCCAGGUCAGUAUUGAUUACAGCCCAGUAAUGGCAGUAUUUAGUGGCCUGGUUUUGGGGCGUCAUUCAUCCUGAGUCUCAGUCAAGUCAGGCACCCGGUUGCAGCCUGACUUAUUUCUUCUGGCAUGCUGAGUUUGGGCUGAUGCUGGGCCAGGUCAUUUUUGACAAUGACCCAGACACGGCAGUGUCGGCAGCCAAAAUCGGGCAAGUUUAUUUGGCCUUAUUUUGGGGUGUCUUUCAACCUGAGUCUCAGCCAAGUCCAGCAACCAGACACAGCCUAAUUUAUUUCUUCCGGCAUGCUGAGUUUGAGCUGAUGCUGGGCGAGGUCAUUUCUGAUAUAGGCCCAUUGACGGCAGUGUCAGCAGUCGGUUUAUCUGGCCCGAUUCUGGGGCGUCAUUCAUCCUGAGUCUCAGCCAACUUGUUUCUUCCGGCGUGCCAACUUUGGGCCGAUGCUGGGCCAGGUCAUUUCAGCUACCUGGGACACAUCAGAUUGCCUAUUUCUCCUGAACAAACGACCUCGGGGCACGUUAGCAUGAAUCCAGGGGGAUAGUUGUCUCACUAGAGAGGAGAAUGGAAACUAGGUUGUCUCACCUCAUUAAUGGCACUAUUUAUUCCUCCUUUGAUAUAUCUGUAUACAUAUGAAUAUAUACAUGUAUACUGUAUAUACAUAUUUAAGUGUUGACAUAUAUGAAUGUAUGAGCAAUGUGUCUAUAACGUGUAGGUAUUGUCAGUAUGUCUUAUAUAUCAUGUUAUAUUUGUAUAUGGCAUCACGGAAUAGCUCCUCCAUUCUUUCUGUUCCACGGUUGACUACAUGUACAUUCAUAUUCAGAUAUAAUGUACAUGUAAAAUGUUUGAUUGUGAUGGUUCUUAUCACAAUUGUGCAAAACUUGCUUAUGACAGCAGGACUUUUUUCUGAGCUGGGAUACUGAGGCAUGUGAGCACCGUGUUUACUAAUGUUUUGUGCAGCUUUAUGUUUCCAUGGUAAUGUAUUCAUAAUGUACAACAAGAUGCAGGUGGCAGCUUCAGAUGGACACGGAUUAUCCUGCAUAUGACCGCACGUGUUGUCAUGGAUGUAGGAUGCACUCAUCCCGUCACCCAUUCAUUUGGUGCUUCAAUAUCAUUUACAGCUCUUUCUUUCCCUGACAGGAGUCGGAAGUUUUCUGCGAAGAUUGAUAUUUGGGUUUCUUUGCACGACAAGGACUUGAUUCUCCAGCGACACUUAACAUUUCAAUGCAGUGUUUUAGCUGUGAAACACUGGCUUUUUUACCUAUGAAAAGUAAUGCACCUAAAUUUGUAAAUAUCCCAAAUAUUUGUGAGCAAGGAGGCUAUAUUUAUGUGACAUUCAUACUGCAGGCCGUCGUCUGUCAUAUGAUGGGAGCAAAGUACAAGUAGUGAGCUGGUCUGGAUGGCGGAGGGGUCAAACAAAGACAGGACUUUGACCCAGGAGUCCAGAGUUUGUGUGAAACUAAGGGUGCUUUCACACCUGCCCUGUUUGGUUCGGAUUAAUCUUACUCAAG